AAGAACUUAAUAUACAUAAUUCAAAAUAACAAUAAAAUGUUGACAUUCGUUCCAAAAAAUGUAUAGAACGUUCCAGAAUGGAAUGGAACAUGACGUUAUUCGUUAAUUAAACAAGAUGGCGGCAGUGUACCAAUAUUUGGUGUUGCUAUCACUAAUUUGGAUUUUGGGCGCGAACGGUGUGAGGAAAAAACGGGAACCAUGGACCAAUGGAAGCUGGUUCAACAUGGGCCUGCUAGAAUUCGAGGAAUGGUCGAAUCAGCCAAACCUUUUCUCUGAAAAAUCUCGUGUAUGCGCCAGAAUCCACGGUCUUACACCUGGCCAGCGACGCAUAUGCCGGCGACAUAAGGACCACAUGCCAGCAGUCAGCGCUGGCGUUCGACAGGGCAUCACUGAAUGCCAGUAUCAGUUCAAAACUCGGAGAUGGAACUGUACUGUGACGGGGGAUGAGACUGUCUUCGGCCCUCUGACAUUGAUUGCAUCCAGAGAAACAGCAUUCACCCACGCAAUCACAUCAGCAGGCGUGUCGCUAGCCGUAUCGCGAGCUUGCCGCGACGGUCGCUUGGCGUCUUGUGGGUGCAGCCGCGCGGCGAGGCCGAGGCAUUUGCAUACCGACUGGGUGUGGGGCGGCUGUGGGGACGAUCUUGAGUAUGGCUACAAGUUUACAGAAGGUUUCGUAGAUGUCCGUGAGCGCGAGCGGAAAGUGAAACGCGGGAGCCGCGAGCAGGGGCGGCAGCUUAUGAACAGGCACAACAACGAGGCUGGAAGACGGGCCGUCAUAAAGAAGUCGCGAGUUACAUGCAAGUGUCACGGCGUCUCUGGCUCCUGCAGCCUCAUCACGUGCUGGCAGCAACUCGCUACUUUCAGAGAGAUUGGUGACUAUUUACGAGACAAAUACGAAGGGGCGACAGAAGUGAAGGUGUCGAGACGCGGGAAGCUGCGUCUCACAAAUCCGAACUACAGCCUGCCGACCGCGCAAGAUCUCGUGUAUUUGGAGGACUCGCCUAAUUACUGUGUGAAGAACGAUACAUUGGGGUCACCCGGAACAACGGGCCGCGAAUGUAACAGGACAUCAGCGGGCAUAGACGGUUGUUCGUUGCUAUGCUGCGGUCGCGGAUACAACACCAAGCGGAUGGUUAUCAAGGAGCGGUGUGGCUGCAAGUUUCAUUGGUGUUGCCAUGUCGAGUGUAAUACGUGCGUGAAGACUGUUGAAGUGUAUACUUGUAAAUAAAGAUUUGUAGCGAGAAUAGCAUUAUCUUCAGACACAGAA